AUGAGCAACUACGAAGAAGAAAACAUCGAAGAGAAGACUACCGGUGGAAAGUCUGAUGCUGAAUACAAAUCCGAUAUUGCUGCAAGAGAGAGAGAAGUCACCAAAUUUUUGAAUCAAAGUAAAGCAGUUGAUGCCUUACCAGUUGUUUUGGCAGAUCCACCAAUCUACACUAAAUCACAAGCAAUUAAAGAUCAAAACGCUGCAAUCGUUAUCAAUGUUUUGUCAAACAUCAAGGAAAAGGAAAUCGACGGUUGUUUAGAGUCACUCGAUGCUGAUCAAUUGGAUAUUUUGAUGAAAUACAUCUAUCGUGGUCUCGCUGCUGCCGCCACCUCUGACAACACAAACGCUGCUCUCUUUUUCAAGUGGUACGAAGCCACCUUGAAGAAGGCUGGUAUGGGAUGUGUCGUUCGUGCCAUCUCCGAGAGAAAGACAGUUUAA